AGCCACAAGGUGGCAGCAUAACGCUGGGGAAUUAACUGCUUGACUCCAUGACACCUUGCUUUCCGUUUCAAUGAUAAACUAGCAUUUAUCUUGGAGUGUGGAAUUAUAGAACAAGAAGGGGGAAACUCUACAGUCUAUUUGGUCUGGUGGUUUUCAGAAACUGCGUCACGAAGCCCCAGGAGUGCCUGAGAACUCUAUUUCCUGUUGAAAAUAGGAACGUUUUAUUUUUACAGCCAGGGCUUCAAUCUAGUCUAGUCCUUCCUCUGACAAGCGGGAAGCAGGAGCCCAGAGAGGCGGCUUGCCUAAAGUAGUGAGUCUGACGGUAGAGAUGCAGCUCAAGAGCCCAGGUUUAUUAUUUCCCGGUUCUCAGAGCUGCGCACCGCCGUGCCAUUAGAGGUCUCAGGUUUACCCCAGAAAUUGUGGGAGAAAACUCGGUAAAGGGUUUGAGGCAAAGAACAUUCUUGACUUGUCAUUUUGUUGCUUUGUAACUACUCUGUUGGCAAUAAAAUAAUAAUACAGAACAUAAAAUAUUGUCAUGUGUAUGCUCCACAUCCAUCUAAAAUAAGCUCUCUAAAGCUAAGAUCACUUUCUAUGAGGACAAGCACUUUCAAGGCCGCCACUAUGACUGUGACUGCGACUGUGCAGAUUUCCACAUGUACCUGAGUCGCUGCAACUCCAUUCGAGUGGAGGGAGGCACCUGGGCCGUGUAUGAAAGGCCCAACUUCGCGGGCUACAUGUACAUCCUACCUCGGGGCGAGUACCCCGAGUACCAGCACUGGAUGGGCCUCAAUGAUCGCCUCAGCUCCUGCCGAGCUGUUCACCUGUCUAGUGGAGGCCAGUAUAAGAUUCAGAUCUUUGAGAAAGGAGAUUUUAAUGGUCAGAUGUACGAAACCACUGAAGAUUGCCCUUCUAUCAUGGAGCAAUUUCACAUGAGAGAGGUCCACUCCAGUAAGGUGCUGGACGGCGUCUGGAUUUUCUACGAGCUGCCCAACUACCGUGGCAGGCAGUACCUUCUGGACAAGAAGGAGUACCGGAAGCCCAUCGAUUGGGGUGCAGCUUCCCCAGCCGUGCAGUCUUUCCGCCGCAUUGUGGAGUAAUGACGUGGAUGGGGCCACAGGCUUCUCCCUGGGGGCCACAUGCUGGCUAGCCUUGUCAUCCAAGUAGGCAUCAUAAAUAAAACAAUUGGCAUGCAUUCCA